AUUCGCCUUCGAUGCUCAACAUCCCGGGCCUUCGAGCUCCUCGAGGCUACCAUGAGACCACUUCAGUGACGGAUCGGCAUCGAAAAUGGCGAGCCAAGCUGGGUCGAGACUUGCUGACGUCCAUCGAGCAGAGGAAUGUUGCCAUUGUCAAAUCUUGCCUGGAGCAGCAGGCGGAUCCCGGUGUGGUGGACCUGAAGAGUGGCUGCGGCGCCCUACACCUGGCAGCGAGAAUCGGAGAUUGUGAGGUGAUGAAUGAAAUUCUGCACGCGUGCAUCCGGUCCAAAGUUGACCUCACCAGUGAAGAUGCCAGCCAAAGAACUCCGCUGGACGAAGCACUGGAGGUCGGCCAGCGAUCACAUCUUCCUGCAGAUGUCAUCGUGCCGUUGCUGGCUGCGGGGAAGGAGGCCAGGGAGAUCGUCUCGGAGCUUCAGGGCUCCCUGGAGAAGUGGAGACAGGCCCUCCGCAUCAUGUUGGAGUGCUGUUCCUUUCCGGUGUCCAUGGCACAAGAGGAUGCCAUGCAGGUUCUGAUGGAGUCCUGGUCCUUCACCGGAGAGCGUGGUGGACCACCGUCGAAAGUGCAGGAGCUUCGUAUUGCUCUCUUUACCUGCGUUGUCAAGAACAACGUGGCAGGAGUAGAAGCCUUGGCACUGGCAAAGGCAGAUUUGAAUCGGCUGGAUCCAAAAUCCAACAGGACGGCCAUGGAGCUUUCUGAGGCUUUGCUGCAUCAUCCCGUGACUGAUGUCUUGAGGCAUCAUGGCGCAUCUUCCAGGCGCAAUCCCAACUUCCCACAGUGGGCGCUGUGCCUAGCAGCUGCCAGUGGAAAUGUCCAAGGCACCCUGAAGUGGAUCGAACAUGGAGAGGCCGGCAACUUCGCUGAUGUGAGCGCCAGCUGGUAA